AUGUCUUUACGUUCUUUGGGCAAUGAUGAUCAGCACCACCAUGCCGAAGAAGAGGAACAAUUAAACGAUGACGGAACGACAAAUCUAAUUGUACAUAGAAGCAACACUCGUCACCACAGUAGUAAUCAUAACAACAAUCGUAGUAUUGCUAAUAACAAUGGAGAAUUUAGUUUGGGAAAUGUAUUUAACGGUUUGAUUGAAUUGAUAUCGGGAAAGAGAAUGAUGACUUCUCCUCGUGGUAAUGCCUUUGAUGAACAAUUAUCAAGUGAUGAAAUGGAUGAAUUAUUGGAAACAAAUGAUGAUGAGGCAACACAAGUUUCUUCUUCGAGAGCUAUUGGUGUUUUCAAUCAUCAUGUCUUGUACUCAAUUUAUGGAUUCAAUGUAAAUCCUGAUAGAACUUCUGAAUAUAGUGUACCUUCUCAAUGGGAGCAAAUACCUAGAGAUGUUCUCCUUAUUGUAUUUUCAUUCUUGCCUUAUGAAUCUCUGAUCAUGUCCAUUUCUCAAGUCUCAAAGGAGUGGCUAUUCCUCUCUCAACAGAAUAUUUUGUGGGAGAAAUUCUUUCUUAAACAAUUGUUUCCAUCAAAACAUUCCAAAUUCAUCUUUUCCUCAUUCCAAGGUUCGAAAUACUUACCAGAGAUUGAUAAAAAGGAGAAUUUAUUAGAAUCCCUUCAGAGUAGAUUUUACAUUCCACUCUUUGAUCCAAAUCCUAAUAAUAAUGAUAGUACAAGAUUUGAGGGUGAGGUUGAGGAUGAAAAGAGAAAGGAAAUUAAAAUUAGAAUCGAGGGAGAAAUUGAGGAAGAGUUGGAGGAUAAAUUCAAACAAAAUCACUAUAAUUUGAGGAAUAUUUUGGGAGAUAAGGCAGUUAGUAGUAUUGGUACAAGUGAAAUUAAUAGAUAUGAAAGAGAGUUUUACACUCUUUUACAUGCACCAUAUAUUUGCUCAUUCUACAAGCUUUGCUUCCAAAAAUUGAACAAUUUUGUUUCAACAGCAACCAAACAAUUAGAAACUCAUAACAAGGGAAGAGAAAAAUUGGAAAACAUGUAUGAAAUGUGUCACAAUACUCAAUAUUAUUUCACAUUCUUUUUGGGAGUGCCAAUUUCCACAGCCUCUGCCACUCUCUGUCUCAUAUUACAACUAAUCAAAAUGAAUUUCGACAUGUUUUCCGUAUCAAUGGACGAUCCUAACGCAAUCGAUGGAUACUGGAUAUUACCUUUUGCAUUUUUAUAUCCACCACUGUUUUGUGGUAUUAUUGUAUUAUUUCAACAAUUUACAAAGGCCUAUUUGAGAUUUAAACUCAAAUCAAGACAAACUGUUCAAGGAGUAUUGGUCAUCCUUAUUGGAUUAAUUUUCAUAUUUGGCUUGACUGGAUUCUUCUUUAUGGUUAAUCUUUCCUGUAUAUUCCCAUUAUCUGCCAAAUAUUUGAUGGAUGAUACUCCUGGCAUUGAGAAUAUCAAAUUCUAUGCUUUUAAGAGAAUUGUAAAUAACUAUUCCUUUAUAAUGUCACCUUUCCUAAUUGCUUUCAUUCUAAUUACAGUUGUCUCUUGGAUUUCUCAAACAAUAACAUUAACUGCAGCAUUGGGAGGAAAUAGAAGACAAUUAAUUAUUAGAAAUAUUAUCAAUACGGCUCUUCACUUAUUUUUCUGUUUACUGAUUGGAGGAGCUUUUGUUUUACUUCACUACAGCCAAAAAGCAGAUGCUUCACCUGAUGAUGAGGAUGGAUUGGCAGCUACAAUUUCAUAUAUUGUUAUUGGUAUGCAUGUUUUAAUUGCCAUCAUGCACGUUGCAACAUGUUUAAUGUUUGGAUUUAUUCUGAAACGAUUCUGUACCAUGUUUACUCCUCCUGCUAAAAGACCUAAAAUGAAAAAGCUUGGUAUUGCCUUGAUGAUUAAUGUAGUCUUUCUCUUCAUUUGUUCGUUAGGUCUGGAAGUAAUGAUGGGUGUAAAUUAUAGACUAUUCACUUUGCCAUUGAUUCCAACCCCAACAAUUUUAUGUAUUGGAUUCUAUAUUGUUUCUGCCAUGUACAAACUUUGGAUUUCUUGA